CCUUCCUUUUUUCCUUCCUUCCUUCCUUCCUUUUUUCCUUCCUUCCUUCCUUCCUUUUUUCCUUCCUUCCUUCCUUCCUUUUUUCCUUCCUUCCUUCCUUCCUUCCUUCCUUCCUUCCUUCCUUCCUUCCUUCCUUCCUUGUUUUUUAGACAAGAUCUUACUCUGUAUCCCAGGCUGGCCUACACUUCACUCUGUAGCCCAGGUUGGCCUUGAACUCAUAAUCUUCCUGUCUCAGCUUUCAGCAUAGUAGGAUUAGACACAUGAGACACUAUGCUAGGCAGAACUAUAUGCACUAAUAGAAUAGGGAAGAGCAUAAGUCUAGAAUCAGACCAUUCUAGAACUCAAAUCUUGGGUUACUCUCAUUGUGUGCCCUCUCAAGUUCCUCAUAGUAUCUAACAAGACAAGGUGACUAGAGUGUCCAUUUGAUGAGACUAUUAUACAUUAAAUGAGAUAAUAUAGUCAAACUGUACUUAGAACAGACUAGUAAGUUCUUAAUAAUUGUUAGCUAUGAUUAUUAAAUACUUUACCAGAAAGGUUUUACAUUUUGCCAGAAUCUAAUUUUAUAAGCACUGAAAGAAGUAUUUGCUGGGGAUGUCUUUCUGUAUGCUGUGAACGUGUUGCUCUGAUUGAUUGAUAAAUAAAAUGCUGAUGGGCCAGUAGUCAGGCAGGAAGUAUAGUAUAGGUGGGAUAAGGAGAGAGGAGAAUUCUGGGAAGUAGAAGGCUGAAUCAGGAGAUGCUGCCAACUGCUGCCAUGAGAAGCAAGAUAUAAAGUACCAGUGAGCCACAAGCCACGUGGCAACUUAUAGAUUAAUAGAAAUGGGUUAAUUUAAGAUAUAAGAACUAGAUAGCCUUUUUUUUUUCCUCAGCUGCCUCCAAGGUGCUUGGUUCUUCUGAGGAAGCUAAGGCCACAUUGGGGUGAGGCCCUUACUUCAUCCAAUGACUAGCACCUUGCCGGCAGUCCACAACAUGGCCUCCAUCUCCGAGCUCGCCUGCAUCUACUCCUCCCUCAUCCUGUACAAUGAUGAGGUGAUGGUCACUGAGGACAAGAUCAAUGCCCUCAUUAAAGCAGCUGGUGUCAGUGUUGAACCUUUCUGGCCUGGCUUGUUUACAAAGGCCCUGGCCAAUGUCAGUAUUGGGAACCUCAUCUGCAAUGUAGGGGCUGGUGGGCCUUCUCCAUCAGCUGGAGCCAUGCCAACAGGCAGUCCUGCCCCCUCUACUGCUGCUAUCCCAGCUGAGGAGAAGAAAGUGGAAGCAAAGAAGGAAGAAUCUAAGGAGUCUGAUGAUGACAUGGGCUUUGGUCUUUUUGACUAAACCUCUUUUGUUAACAUGUCCAAUAAAAAGGUGAACCUGUAUAAAAAAAACCAAAAAACAAAAACUAGAUAGCAAGAAUCCUGCCACAGCCAUACAGUUUAUAAGUAAUAUAAGUCUCUGUGUAUUUACUUGGGCCUGAGUGGCUGCGGGCCUGAGCAGGACUGGAGAAAACUCCAGCUACAAGUAUUGGUUUUGAUUGUUGGUUUUUUGAGACAGGGUCAUAGGCCAAGAUGACCUCAAAUUUCCUAUGUAGCUGAAGCUGGCCUUGAGCUCUUUAUUUUUUUGCCUUUACUUUCCAAGUGCUAGGAUUAUACACGUGCACCACCAAGUCUAGCUAAAAGAACAACAACAACAAUAAUAGGUUUUUUUUGUUUUUGUUUUUUGAGACAGGGUUUCUCUGUUUAACAGUCCUAGCUGUCCUGGGACUUCCUUUGUAAACCAGGUUGGCCUCGAACUCAGAGAUCUGCCUGCCUCUGCCUCCCAAGUGCUGGGAUUAAAGGUGUGUACCACCACCACCCAGCAUAAUAAUAGUUUUUAACUACAUUGUGAGAGUUCAAUUUAAGUCAUAAGGUGAGAGCAGUGGUGUUUGUUGAUUUAGAAAAAGCAGCUUCCACCUAUGAGAAAGAUUUGAGGGAUCACUCCCUCCCAGCUCUACCUAUACAAAUAGCCUCUGUCAAUUUCAUCUAUCUUCACAAAUUUGGCCCUGAGAACCAGUCAGCAUCUAGCUGUGGGUAGGGAGCCAGAGACCUUGGCAGUUGCUCCUGGCCUAAGCUCUGGGAUCAAGCAGACAUCAGGCCUUUCUGCACCCCACUUUGGGUAUGGUUUUGGGGGUGGUGUUACAGUGGAGAUACAAAACAUCAUUAAACAGUGAGGCCACAGCAAAGCCACACUCUCCACAGCCCAGUGUCAGUGCUGGCCAGGCAGCAGCUGCUGAGGAUCCCAAAUAUGCAUUCCUGGUCCCCAGAUGGGACUCACUCUAUCAACACAAUUUCCCUUCCAGCAACUCUGGUUGCUAACAGAACAUUCCCAGAUCUUAGGGCCUUCCUUGUCCAGCUCCAGCCCACAGAGGGUUUACAUCCCCUCUUUCAGGUUUGCCAUGAACAGAAGUAACUUUCCAAACUCCUAUCAACAAGGGACUGUGGUCAUUAACUGAGGGGAUGCUUGUUACUAUAGGAAUUCCGUAUGCUUCAGCAAGGAGAGGACUCCAGCUUGUGGCUGGCUGUGGUGAACAGUGGAGCUGACACAGACCAGGGCAACUUCUAGACCUAGGAAUGUUUCUAAAGUGCAGGUGCAUAGAUGGGCAAUUAGAGUGAGACCACUCCAGAGCAUCAGACCCCACUGCCUGUGGCAACCACAGCAAGGCUUUUGCUUUGUUUUGUUUUUCAGUUAGGUCUCUGUAGACCAGGCUAGCCUUGAAUUCUUCACCCUCCUCCCUGGGGCUCCCUAGGGCUGGA